AUGGCCCCAGCCACAGACAGAACUUCCCAUGACUCGGAUAGACAGCCAGUUGCAGCCAGGAUCCGGGACAUAUCCAUGCUUCCGUGCGGAGCGGCACGAGGAGACCGCAAGAAAGAGGUUCUGGGCAAGAGGAUACUGAUGAGACGUUGUCCAGUGCGCAGAAAUACGCAGCCUCAAAGGAGAGCGACCGCAGCAGCCGGUACUGACUGCCUGGGUUUCACUCCAGCCCUAGGAGGAAAGGGGAGUGGUUUCACCCCUGAAAAUGAGGGCCAAGAAGCUGCAGAGAUGGAGACAUUACAGAGACCGACUAGAGCCCCGGGGGCUAGGAGACACCUGUGUGAAGCCACCAUGGGUUUCCGGCCCCUGGUGGUCGUGCUUUGUCUCCUGGGAGCAGGCCCCAUGGUAGCCAGGGUGACCCAAACCCCAAGACACGUCAUCACCGGGACUGGAAAGCAGUUGACAGUGCGUUGUUCUCAGGACAUGAACCAUGAUGCUAUGUACUGGUAUCGACAAGACCCAGGGCUGGGUCUGAAGCUGAUCUACUAUUCGAGGAAUGUUGACUUUAUUGAAAAGGGAGACGUCCCGGAUGGGUACGCUGUCUCCCAGAAGGAGGAGAGGAAUUUCCCCCUGACCCUGGAGUCCACCAGCACCAGCCAGACACCUCUGUAUCUCUGUGCCAGCAGUAAAUCCUCUCUGCACAAAAAGAGGACCACAAGAGCAAGGAGGCUCCUUCCUGGGGAGCCCUCCCACACACACACACAAGCAGGAGGAAAAUUCCCUCCACCAUCAGUGUGGGCAGAAGUCCUUCCCUGACUCCCCACAUCUGGGGACCCUGAACAAGCUCCUCCCAAGCUCAGGCUGCAGCCCUUUCUCCUCACCGGGCUUCAGGGGUGCCCAACCCGAGCCCUCCAUCUUCACUCCAGUCGCUCUGCAAACUUUUGUCCCACAUUCCAGGUCCUGUUCCCGGAUGUUGGCCACUGGGAGGAAGAGCACGUUCUGGGUUGUUUACAAAAUCUGCCAUCUCCCAUUUUCCUCAUCUCAGCACAUGGUCCCGCCAUCCACCCAGACGGCCAAGCCAGAAAUGCAGGAGUCAGCCUC